AUUAAUCUCUCGAAAGAUGUUUUCCUGUUUUACAUAUCGUACAUUUAUGGCAAGAACAUCGAACAUGCGACUAACUGAAAUUAAUUCUUCCGAAUUCAGAAAUUAUCAAGAGAAUUGUGUCAGUGGAUCAGUGUAAUUUGCAUUGUUUACCAGGCGCAUGGCUUUAAUGAGAUCAUUUAUAGCGUACAUAUUACCAGUGGAUGAAGCACGAACAUGUGAUGUCAGGAUACGGAAAUGUCAGUGGCUUGUACAUAGUCAUGGUUGGCUAAGUGUUGGCUACAACAGAAUCUGCCCAUGUGUCGUUUAAUGUUAUGGCAGCAGUAAACGUCAGGAUGAAGAAAGUGUUCAAUGCUGUUAGCGGAGUUCGUCCGACAGCCCUGCAAGGGUCACAGGUAGCGAAAAUCGAACGGGACAUUGACAACUUUCUGGAGAAUUUCCGACGUAAGUCGUCAGUGUUGGAUGAUUAUAAUCAGGCAGCCGGAGGACAGGUGGCCCCGUGUAUGUAUAGCUCGUCCCAAUACUCUGGCUCUCAGUAUUCCACCGACGACACGACGGACGACAGCCCAGAUAGGGCAUAUUAUUUGGGGCUCGGAAAUGCACCCCCACGAGCUGGCCAUCAUCGUCAGCAUAGCAACACAACGACAACCAGUGAAUCGGAGUGGGGUCCUGAUGCUGAAGAUGAUAUUGAAAUGAAAGAGAGGCUAGCAGAAAUUAAUAAACAGAAACUUGAGGCAGCCUAUGCAUUAAAACAUGCACAACUUGAAGAACCUGGGAAUGCCCCUCCUCCUCCAGAAUGUGAGGAGACAAUGGUGGAAGCCGUUUGCCCCUACAGCGUCCUAGAUGUGGCUCAGCUGCUACAGGCCAAUUUUGCCUUUGUAUCAGGUGGGAAGGCGAAAAAUGGGGCUCCCAUCAUGACGUUUCCUGAAAACCCUCAGCAGCCUGAUAUUACAGACAGUGACUACAAGAAAAUAGUUCACUACCUCUCCUGCAUACCACCACUCCACGAGACGGAGCUGGGGUUUGUGAUCGUGUUGGACAGACGACAGGCUGGAUGGAGUUCUGUCAAAUCUCUUCUACUCAAGAUGUCUGACUUUUUUCCCAAGCACCUGCAGGUCGUCUUCUUGCUUCAACCGCACGGCUUCUUCCAGAGGGCGUUUGCUGACAUGAGGUCAAAAUUUGUCAAGGAAGAACUGGAGUUCAAGGUUGUGAUGUGUAACGACCCAAACCAGAUGUUUGAAUACAUUGACCCCAGUCAGCUGACCAAAGAGGUCGGAGGUCAGUUGGAAUACGACGCCAAUGAAUGGACUCAACAUCGAGCUGCUGUUGAAAAGUUCUCCACGAAUACCGAGAAAAUCGCGACUGCCAUUGCUGUUCUUGUGAAGAAAUUCCAGGAGAUGGAGGUUCCAAACGACGUGAAAGGAACGGAAGCACUCAUCCACGACCACAUAAUGGGUCGGAAAGAAAUCAUCAAUGACCUCAUGUCCUCUGAUGAUCAUGGCAAGACCAUACUGAGUUGUAUAAAGGGAGACAACCCACGCACGCCGAUGAUACAUCAAACUCACGUUCUCAAUCUAGAGAGACUACUGAUGCAGCUAGAAGAGACAAAAUCAAACUUUGAGAGAUUCUGGGAGGUUCACGAAAAACGUUUAAAACAGUCGCUACAGCUGCGACAGUUUGAAGAAGAAUUCAAACUGUUCCAGUACAGCUACGAUCAUCGGAUGGAGGAGCUAGAAAAGGCAAUGUCAGAUAUAGGGGCGACAGUACAACACGUGGAGACCCUCAUCCAGAACUUCCAUACCUUUGAAGAGCAGGCCAAGAGAGACCUCGAGCAGGCGGAGAAGAUGAGGACGAAUGGCGAGCAAUUCAUCAUGGAUGACCAUUAUGCCGUGGACUCUAUACGUCCAAAGUGUAUCGAACUGCAGCGCAUGUGUGACCAGUAUCGGGAGUUACUAAGGCGACGACGAGACCUUCUUGACACUUCACAUGACCUUCAGGACCGAAUUGACAAGGCCAAUAAAUGGUGUACAAAGGGUGUCGACAUGCUGUCCAAGCAACAGGUGGAUGCCUGUCAGAGCCCCGCGGGAGCCGAACUUGCUCUCAAGGACAUUGAGAGUUUCGUGGCAACUGCCCGAGAGCUCCGUCUCAACAACCCAAAAGAGUUCCGUCAAUUGUUUGAAAGCAUGAUCACUCCAGAAACCCGAGCCAAUGUCCAGAAGGUACUGAAGCGGAUUGAGGAUGUGCAGGCCAUGUGUGAGAAGCGACACCAGAGUCUGCAGCAGGUGGCGAAGCCGUCAGUCCGCCCUAAUACCUCGCAUCGUGUACCGCCCACCCACGGCCACCCGCCACACCACCCUCCGCAUCAAGACUCUGAUCCCAAACGCAAAACUAACACCGAAAAUCAGCAGCGACAACAGGGCAUUUACGAAAGGUCGGCUCGGUUACGAACCGACGCAACUGGAUCCUCCCGUCCUUAUAUUACCCCACCGUGUACAAAUCUUGGCAGUCUCCCUGACAGUCUAAAUGUGGGUGAGAAGACCCGCGCCUCUGUGACCUCCAUGUCAACUACAACCUCGUCAGGGUCGUCAGGGUCGGCAAGGUCAACCAGCAUGAUGGACACCGAUACACUAAUGGCCAAGAGGAGACAUGUGUUGAACGAGUUGAUUGAGACAGAAAAAACAUAUGUGUCGCAACUGUACGAUAUUAUAAAGGGAUACCUGCAGGAGUUAGAUAGUAGACCCAUGCAACACCUUAUUCCAGACGAGCUUGUGGGCAAGAAAGAAAUACUCUUCGGCAAUCUAGAACAAAUAUACUCUUUUCAUAAAAAUAUAUUUCUACAAGAACUACAGAAUUGUAGAGACCAACCUGCGAAAGUAGGAAAAUGUUUUGCAAAUAGGAAUGAAGAGUUUCACUUAUACAGUGUUUAUUGCCAAAACAAGCUGAGGUCGGAGGCUCUACGGAACCAAGUCGGGGAUCAGAAUCCAUUCUUUCUGGAAUGCCAGCGGAAGUUGGGACACAAACUACCGUUGGGGGCGUAUCUACUCAAACCUGUGCAGCGUAUCACAAAAUACCAGCUCUUACUCAAGGAAAUGCUCCGGUUUUCGGAACAAGACCCAGCGUGUGAAGCUCAUAUACAGGAAGCGCUGGACUCCAUGUUGGAUGUUGUACGAUUUGUAAAUGACAGCAUGCAUCAGGUGUCCAUCGUCAGUUUCCCGGGAAACUUAUCAGAUCAGGGGAGGUUACUCAUGCAGGGGGCUUUUAAUGUGUUUACAGAACAUCAAAGAGGACGAAUCAAAGACAUACGCUUUAAACCAAUGCAGAGACAUAUGUUUUUAUAUGAGAAAUCAAUAUUAUUGUGUAAAAGGAAAGAAGAAAUCGGUUUAUCAUCGGAAAAAGGAGUUUAUAGUUUUAAAAAUCUUCUAAAACUUUCACAAGUUGGUCUCACCGAAAACAUCAAGGGAGAUAAGAAGAAAUUUGAGUUAUGGUUACGCGGACGAGAGGAAGUGUAUAUCAUUCAGGCACCCACAUUGCCUUGUAAAGACAUGUGGGUGAAAGAAAUCAAACGGGUUCUCAUGAACCAGUUUGAUCAGCUGAAAAGUAAGUUCGAUGUUCACCAUUUAAAUCUGGCAGGCAAGUCAGAAGAAGACCUGCAAAAUUUAUCAGAAGACCUUCCAUGCAAUAACUCCAGAUAUGUCGACAACUGGCGGUCAAAUAGACAAGCAUCAUGCAACAACAAUGCCCCGACUGUACCCCAGGGGCUGGAAAUGAUGUCCCCGGAGUCGCCGCCAGCCCCACCACAUGACGACGAUGGAUGGUCAAGUGGAGAGUUCACCAACUCUGACGAGGACGAGUCCAGAAAUCACGACAGACGAGGGUCAGAGCCUGCCUACCUGCAGCAGUACAAGUCCAUAGGCGACUUCCGUGCUAGUGACGCCAAUGAAGUUAGCUUACGAGAAAGCGAUGUGGUGGAGAUUAUUCGCACAGGGUCAACGGGUUGGUGGUACGCCCGCCAUCUGUCGACCAAUCAGGAGGGUUGGGUACCAUCCACGUACCUUAUACCUUUCAAAAGGCGAAGUUCCCAGUCCCAUUUUUCCAUGUCAAGUAUUGAUUCUAGUAGUCAGGAUCACAUGACAAGUAAGUCAAGCUUGGCGAGUGCUUACAGUUCCAACAGCCCUGUGAACGAAACUUCAAUUUGACAAAGAGUUGCCUCCCAUUGACAGGAGUUGUGUCCCUUUGAUGACAGAAGUAUUCUCAGUUUGAAGGAUAGGAAUUGUCUUAGGAGUGUUCUACUAGUCAUUAAUGUUGAUGUUGUUUAGAACUUGUAAGCAAAGGAAACUCACCCUGAGGUCAAGGUCAACGUGCCACCAGCAUAGGUUGACAGAGAUUUGUCAAAGUGUGUUCAUAAUUUGUGAAUUCUCAUUUAAUCAAAAGCUGAAAGAAAAGUUAUCCUUGUCACUUGUGUGAAAUACAGCAUGACCUCGGUGACCUCAAACAUUUAAUUCAAGGAUGGACGUAUUAAAAGUGCUAGUUGAGUCCUAGACAGCUCAAGAAAUAUACUGUUUGACAGAAGUUCUAUGUAAUUUACAAAAUGGAUUGCUGAGGAGAUAGAUUUUCGUGUUUUCACUCCAUAUAUACACAUGCUAGAUAGGAGUGGUCAAGAGUCCCCUAAAUACAUUUUACUGUGCAGUGUGUGGUAGUUCUGUAAUUAUAGAGCGAUGAACAUGGGAAAUCUUUCUACCUG